UGUUUAUGUUGUUGAUGUUCGCAUGACGGUGCGGUGCUCUGUUUAUUUUGGGUUGUCGUUCGUUUAGUCGCGAAAAUCAGUUACAGCUACAUACAGCAGAGAACAGUUACAGUUCUGGUUUGGUCCGGAAAACUAUGGAGCUGUGGAACAGAAGAGACCUGGUCCCUCCGGUGCUGAAUACGUUCCCAUGCAGAACAAAAAACAAGAAAGAAGAAAUUCGUUCGUUCAUCCGUGCCAUCACCGAAGCGCUGAGCUAUUUCAAAUCGCAAGCCUCCUUCGAACAAGCGGCCGCCUACGUGAGUCGAUUCUGCGUCCGAUGGGGCAAUCGUUUCUACAACAUGCACGGUUUCCGCCUGCUGAAACGACUCAACCAAUCCCUACUGCGCUACCGGACGAUGGACCUGGUACGGGUGCUGACCAAUUUGAAUAGUUUGCUACCAGAUGAGAAUUACCUGGAGAAAGUGGUUCAACUACCGACACGUGCCAAUCUGGAUUAUCUGCUGGUGCGCUUGCAAGGAACGGCCAAACUAUUCUGUCGAAUUAUAGUCCUAUCCAAGGAUGCCGCCCGAUACUUCGUCCGAUUUAUGUCCACCGGCUAUUUCUUCAACGUUUGUUCACUGUUCCUGUGUCUCCUAGCGGAGGUUUGGUACAAGUCGAGAGAAAUUUGUCAGAGAAUAGUUCUGAUCUACAACCAACUACAUUCGUUCCGAUCGCUUCUAGAGAAUACGGCUGAAGAAUGGCCCAGUGGAAUUGAGUGCCUCUAUCCGGAGGACUUGGGCGCUUGGUUGGGCGAUGAGUUCCGGCAAGAAGUCGCCUCACGUGAUGAGUGCGGAAAGGAACUCCCCAUCAACACGGACGCUAACCUAUUUCUGUUGCUUUCAACUGAGAACCCUGACUUGUCCACUGCCAAGAAAGUGGACGCCCGAAUUGCUGAAAAGCUGGCGAAACCUACGAUCGAGGCGGAUUUAUCAUCCUCCAUACCGAAGGCUCUACUCAUACAAAAACUUAAAACAGACGAAGGAGAAUCCAUCGAAAGAGUAGCUCCGGCAACGUCCAAUAAGCCCGCCAAAAAGCCGCAAUUCGACAUGCGUAGCAUCCGAUCCAAAUUCGACGUGAGAAAGUUCCUAGACGAGGAGAAGGCCCAGCGACGACAAGAUCGAUCCCAGGCCCUCACCCGUGAUGUGGCGGAUAAUGUGUUCAAUGCGUUUGCCUCCGGUAUGGCAAGGGAUUUGAACCGAAUGGGAACGGGCGAUUUGCUGCAGGUAUUCAAGCAGGAACUAACGGAGCUCGUUAAGAAUCGUUUGAGCAAGGGGAAUUCGGGAAAGUCGAAGAAAAAUAAACGUUUUUCGUAAGUUCAACAUCAUGUGA